CGUGCCCAUUGGUCUGGGAGCUUUACUCAGAUGUAUCUAUGGAGAUGGCAAGUCGCUGGUUCCUUUGACAGGUGUGUGUUUCAGCUUUAAGAGACAGACAGCGGCAAUGUACAGCAAAGGGAAAGGAUGUGCGGUUCCUUCGGACGGUCAGGCAAGGGAAAAGUUGGCGUUGUAUGUAUACGAGUAUCUGCUCCAUAUUGGGGCACAGAAAUCUGCACAGACUUUCCUCUCAGAGAUCCGCUGGGAAAAGAAUAUUACUCUGGGAGAGCCUCCCGGCUUCCUUCACUCCUGGUGGUGUGUGUUUUGGGAUCUGUAUUGUGCUGCUCCCGACAGACGGGAAACCUGUGAACACUCCAGUGAAGCCAAAGCCUUUCACGAUUAUAGUGCGGCAGCAGCUCCGAGCCCUGUGCUUGGCAAUGUGACCCCUGGCGAGGGGGCUCCGGGGGUCCCUCUGCCACCCGGCUUCUUCCAGGGUCCCCCUGGAUCACAACCAACCCAACACAGUCAGGCACCUCGACACAAUCCCAACAACCCCAUCAUGGGACCCCAUGGUCAGUCCUUCAUGUCUCCUCGGUACCCAGGUGGACCCCGGAACUCGCUCCGGAUAUCAGCACAGCCUCCUAUCGGAGUCCCGGGAUCUCAGCCACUGUUACCAAAUGCAAUGGACCCCACAAGACAGCAAGGUCAUCCAGGAAUGGCCGGUCCAAUACAGCGAAUGACUGCUCCUCGAGGACUAGCUGGGAUGGGACCCCAGAAUUACGGAGGCGCAAUGCGGCCCCCGCCUAACUCUUUAGGAGGCCCUGGAAUGCCGGGAAUGAAUCUGGGUCCAGGCGGUGGGAGAACAUGGCCAAACCCACCCAAUGCUAAUUCGAUACCAUAUUCCUCAUCAUCACCGGGCAGCUAUGUGGGUCCACCGGGCAGUGCACCCCCAGGAACGCCAAUCAUUCCCAGCCCUGGAGAUUCUACCAACUCCAGCGAGAACAUGUACACGAUGAUGAAUCCUAUUGGGCCUGGAGGGAAUCGACCCGGAUUCCCAAUGGGUCCUGGAGCUGAGGGUCCGCUUGGUGGAAUGGCAGGCAUGGAGCCUCAUCACAUGAACGGAACGCUAGGUUCUGGUGAUAUUGAUGGAUUGUCAAAGAAUUCCCCGAACAACAUGACAGGGAUCAGCAAUCCUCCUGGAACUCCACGUGAUGAUGGCGAGAUGGCAGGAAACUUUUUAAACCCUUUCCAAAAUGAAAGUUACUCCCCAAGUAUGACGAUGAGUGUGUGAGCAAGUCCUACAUACUCUCUCUUCUGAUCCUCGUGCAAUCCCACUAGAAAUGAGAAGAAAGCGUGGAUGGCCAUUUGCUAUUGAAACGAAACAAUAUUUAAUGGACGAUUACCUGCGCAGUUGUGUCUGCUGCACUGUGCUGUAGUUAAGUUGGAAGGAGGUCUGAGGCCUGUUGGAGGAAUGGAAGAUGUUAUAUUUAAGCAUGGGGCUGAGGGGGGAGGGGAGGGGAGGGGAUGGCAUGGGGAGGGCGAUCAAAGAUAUUUUACUGUUUUAAUACUUUCUUUUGUAUAAAAAAUGUUGUUCAUUCAGAAGACAAAGAUACUUAAAGGCCUUGGUCCUGAAGCAGGCCCAAGCCGGCACAGUUUGUGGCUAUUUCAGUUACAUGGUGCUGUGAUAACCAAGCAACACUAUUCUAUCUUUAUCUUGACAUAGGGAAGGGGCAAUGGAGGGAUGAUCGACAUUUCAUGUUUCACUGGAACAUCCAAUGGUCUCUUGUCCAGUAGAGUCCUCUCAGAUCUUGGUGGGCAGAAGGACCUCUUUCCAUAGUAUAUAACUUUGAGAGGUCUGUGUGCAGCCAAGGAAUUGGGUCUUCUGACUGCAGGCUUAGCCUCUGCAGUUGGAAGCUCUUUCUGCAUGGUUUAGCUGUUUUUGGGCUGUGCAGCAAAGUUCACAAUUCGGACAGAGGUCCUCACUCCUCAACACGCCACCCCUGAGAUCUCCUCUCCAUAUUUUCUGUAUCUGCAUCUUUCCCCAUGAAGAAUCCCUUCAAACUUCACCUCAAGUCCAAGCUUCUUGGAAGUUAAAAUUCCUCCUCCUGUUUAGAUGCAUGCGAAUGAAUAUUUAAGUGUUCAUUGUCCCCGGGCUCAUGUCUAUAAAGCACCAAAUCUGCACUGAUCUUUUGAACUUUUCCCAUUGUCUCGACGGUGAAAACAUUGCAGCACAGAUCCGAAAGUUCUGCUCCUUGGUCAGCCAUUAACCAAGGGAAAGCCCAGCGAACUUGUCUUUAUGGGCAAAUAUGGCUGCAUGGGAGAUGAAAAUGCCUCUGGUGCUGUUCAACCUUUGCUCACCAGCACAUGAACCAGACCCUAGAUUAUUCACCUGAAAGCUAACUACUGUUUUGACCAGAAGGGGCUUCCUUGUAAAUAUUGUAAUCAUUUACUGUCAAAUGGCUUCUUUCAAAAAUUCUGGAAUACAUUUGGUACUUGGAGCUUGUACUGACAUGAAUUAUGUAUGCCCUGAGUCCCUGCUGCCCACUGGAUUCAACAAAAGACCUUGGCCUCAACAUCACAUUGGAGCAAUCACGGCUGCCAUAUGUGUGGCACUUAUCUUAUGGAUUGCUAAAUGACCAGUUAUUUGAUGGCGUGGCUUCGGUUGUUAGUGUUGGUUCGGAUUCUAGGAGGUACUCCAGGAUUCUGGAGGGAUCGUUAGCAUCUACCAAAGAGGUUUGAACAGAGAGACCCAACCCUUAGUCUAAAUGACAAUAGAUCAUGUUCUCCUCAAGUGCAUCAACUAUAGAAGGAGACGGCUGUGAUGACCUUACUGGGGCAUCCAAGAACAUCAACAAAUCAGAAUGGAGCGGAAUAUGGUGAAAUAGCUGAGUGGUUGUCCACGAAUGGGGCUAUUGAGUGAAAGUCCCUGGUGCAAUUUCAGCAUAAGUUUGUUGAGUACUGAUGGGUUGAGACCUUAGACUUUUAAGAUUAGAUGAACUAAACGGUUCUCCCUGCCCAGCUAAAAAAAACCUUGCAAUUUGUCCAAGUGAAACAGAGUUUCCCUGUUCUAAAUGUUCCAUAUCACAGUUAAAUCGGCUCCACCUCUGGGGAUUUCCCUUUCUGUCAUCUGCCUUCCUUCACCAGUGCACCAGCCUUAUGUCCAGCAGAACUGAAUACUUCCUGCAGUUCACCGACUGUCACCCCCACAACAUAACCAGCAGCCUCCAGCUCAAUUCAUGUUCACCUGUUUUCUCAAUUAGAAGGGCCUUUGCAAAAUUUUCACUCCUACAGUCUGGUGUGACAUUAGGUAAGAUGUAGGUCUGCUGCCAAUGUAUCUAUCAUCCAUUUCUUGGUUAUCAUACAGUCUCAGAAGAGGUUGUUCCUCAUAUCUCUCCCUCUCUCUCCCCCCCCCCUCUCUCAAAUAUAUACACAUUAUACUGUAUAUAUACACACGCUGCAGGCUCAUGCUCUCUAUCAACAUGGUAAAGUCUUCACAUGUUUCUUUGCAAACACAUUGCCAUGACAACUGCUUGCUCACUGUCACUACUCACACAUAUUUCCUGCCCCCUCAGGAUCCUUUCCCUCUCACUUUAGGUCUGUGAUGUCUCACCUAAGGACCUAUUCACCAUGAAGUCACAAUGCCCACAAUAUGCUAAAGUUUGCUUCUAUCUUUAGAUUUUGUUGAAUCCCUGUUUUUCUGUUCGGUUCUUUUGCUGCUUGUACUUUGACACCAGCCUUUGCUUGGUAGCUGGAAGAGGAAGAUUCUCACAGACCGACUGUCCAGAGUGGACGUUAUUGAGAAUAUCCAUAAGAAGGGACCAUUGUGGGGUGGCAAGAGUGGACUAUUAUGGCAUUUCAGUAAAGUUUCAUGGGGAGUGUCAUAUUGCUGAGAGGCUUUGUGUUGAAAGCCCCACCAGGAUGCCAUGAAUUGGCAAGGAGAGGGUUCAGAAUAGGAGCAGAGCCAAGAUUUGUCUGUAUGUACCGCGGAGAUAUUCAGAACUGAGCAAAAUUGGUACAGGUGGAGGGCAGCUUCAGUGGUCUAGCCCCUCAUUAUUAGAGUCAGCCUGAUAACCAACUAGGGUAUCAUGACACCCUCUCCCUUUGAGAGGGAUCCUGCAUGGUCGAAUCCAAGAGCUUGCUAGCCUCCAUUUAAUAUCCUCUGGGUCCUGCACAUCCUGUUCACCUGGAUUCAAUGCCCCCCCCCCCACCCACCACAGUUUCUACAUUGUAGAUUUCAGAAACCCCUGUGUCCUGUUGCCUAUACCUAAGGAUCCUGCAUAUGUGGGUACUGCAGUCCCCUAGACCUUGCACCUGCCAAGAUCCUGAACACACUUGGAUUCCCCUUUCCUGAAUCACUUCCGGGAUCCCACGCUCUUGAUGAGAACAGAGAAGAUCAAGUUUGAACUUAGAGCUGAUAUCAUUUUAGCUGAAUCGAAAUCAUAGUUAUUACUUAAACCACACAGCGCACUGCUGGGUACCAGCAGGGACCUCAGCCAAUCUUGAACCCAUGUUUUUUUAAAUAUAUAUUUUUAAUAUCUAUCAUUUAUGACUGUACAGUCCUGUAUUCCUGCUGCCUGCCAAUUGUGUUUGAUGUAUAAUUGCAUUAAACUUUUACGUUACGUCUUAACUGUAUUGAACACAAAUGUUGGCAGUUUGCUGACCCUCUCAGCCCCAAGUUUGCUAUAGCGUUCUGUGUAGUUAUAUAUAUUAUGUCACCUGUAUGUUCUUUAUAUAUUGUAAAGAUUCUUUAGAUGUUCAGUUGCGUAUUAUACUGCAUCAAUAAAUGUCAUGGAUGCUUUUCUUA